GGCCAGAGGUCUGGUGGCCCGGUUUGAGCGCUCUAACACGCCCCCUCCUAAAAUCAUCUACGCAGACAACAACUGCUGCCGAGACAGUGGCUCCUCAUUUUUGGAGACCCUUUUUGAUGAUCGGGUGCAGAGGGGGACCGUGGUGCGCUUGGACAUCCGCCACUGGCUGCACCGCUGGGACUCAGUGGUCAUCAAGCAGAGCCACUCCAAGUACGGCGCGUUCAUGAGUGCCAUGGCAGGGGCGGUGCUUGCCUACAACAGGGCAGACAUGAUGCUUUUGGUAAAAGCAGUGAGGAGUGGCAGUCCAGAGCUCUACGCACAGUAUUCGGACCAGGAGAUGAUCGGUUUCCUCAAAGCCCAUCAGGUCAAGGCCUACGUCAGGCGUGUCACACGUGGGAUUGAGUAGGAGACUGCUUCUGUCGUGGAGUUUAUUCUGGCUGACUUCAAGGGGCCGGCAGGUCUCGACAUUGACGGCAUCCCGCUGUUCAAGUCUGCUGAGGCAGUAGAUGCACACUGGGCCACCUCAAGUAAACAUUUCGGAUGUAUGCAGGAUCCUCCUGGCAUUCAGCUCUACGUGUCCGUAAAGACAGUGGUGCUGAAUGGGGUGCAGCUGAACAAGUACAGGUGCCGUCGUGGCAGCAACUCCCUUGAGGGGCUACACGCACACCUGUACAACGCCAUUCCGUCCAGCAGAUGUGGGAUCAUGCCAUUUCAAGUGUACCUGAUUGCGUUUGCCGUGCAGUGGAACACCAGGAUGGAAUCCCUCCGGGUGGCUGGUGGUCAGGGGCGGCAGACAACAUGCAUGGACGCCCGGCAGAUCCAGCGCAUGAACCACCACGCUGAGGUGCUGUUUGGCAAGCAGCACAUGCUGGAGCCCAACUUUGCUGCUCCUCUGCCCUACCCCGACCAGUACCAACACCCAGAGGAGGAGGAGCUACUAGGGGUGGAGUAUGCUCUGUGCCAGUCCACCGCGUUCACGCCACGGCAGUACUACGCACAGAAAGUGGAGGAAGAGCAGGCGCAGCAGGAGGAGGAAGAGGUGGCCCAUGGGGAGGAGGGGGAGGAGCCCAGGGCAGCUGCGGAGGAACAGGAUGAUGAUGAGGGUGUUGCCAUGGAGGAGGAGGUGGUGGACCCCGUAGAUGGCGUCUGCGUGGAGCACGCUGCCCUCACCCAGGCCGUGAAGGUGGAAGAGGAGGAAAGCCCCGCUCUGCAGGAUGUCCUGGUGAGCCAGCGCCAUCUCCAUCUGCCGGGGAUAGAGGAGGUCGAGGCCCUGGCCCUGCUGCUGCUGGAGCUGGCUGACGAGGAUGACCGCUACCUGGUGAGUGUCGACCUUCGGCGAAAAAUCAGCUUGGCCGCAGGCUCCCUCUACGAGCACGAUAAGACCACCUCCAGCUUUGUGAAGAAGUACGAGUCCAGGUGGGGCUAUACCCUCUUCGGCCGUUGCCUCGGCCUGGACACGCCAGAGAGCAGCGCUGCUCAAAAAACAAAGUUUGGCUGGAUGAGGUAUGCGCAGGCUGCACAGGUGACAGAAGACAGUCGUCUGCUGUACCUGCUCAUUAAGAUGCUCCGCAGCCGCCCACCCAGCUCUAACUUCACUUCUCCUAGCAAAGUGUCAACCUCCAUCAAGGGCCGGUACAGGAGGAUUGCGGAUCGAGUGAGAGACGACCCCGUUCUCUGUAGCCUCAGCAUCCCACUGCCCAACAUAAACAGUAAGUCCAUCUCCAGCUUCCUCCGCAGAGAGGAGAAGGUGGCCAACUACAGGGCGACGGUGCAGCCCAGAGCCAAGCCCCACCGCACCGUGCUUUCGGACCAGCGACUGCCCGAUGCUCCUGCCUUGCCUUCAUCUCUGCCACAGCCAGAAAGACCCCAAGUCCAGUACGAGGCGCACCAUCACAUUGCUGGGAAAAGGCGUGGAGAAAAGCGGAGAUUGGACUUUGAUGAUGCGAACCCAGUACCACAGCCACAAGCGCAAUCUUUAACCACUAGGCCCAUCCAGCCCAAGCCUGCCACCAGCACAUCAGCAUCUGCACUGCCAUCCGGCGUUUCAGCAGCACCAAUACUGCUGGUGGUCCCUGCACAGCCUCGGGCCCCAUCGGUCCAGUUUGCUGGGCCCUCCUGCGGUCAGUUGUUAGUGUCUGUUCUGCCCCCACCUGCACCCAAGGUCAAGCCCAUAAUGCCCAACAAGUCACACAGACCGUGUGGGGCUUGCCAAGUACCACAGUGUGGUGGCAUGCGCAAAAGAUACAUGCCAUCCAAAGACAAAGUGGGUAGGAGCAGCCAGAAACUAUUCACUUUUUGCCCCAAGACCGGCAAAUCCACCACGCCUGGUUUUGAAGAUGUCUACACCAGUUAUGAACAUUUUAAAAGUGUGGUGGACAAGGAACUGGAGAAGAGGAACACUCAACCUCUAUAAAGCCUCACCAGACUGUUGGCAGUUUCCACAGCUGUUGUUGCUGUUUGCUGUGUAUUGUGUUAUUGCAUGUUUUUUGGAGACUUCUGAGUAGGUCACUAUUUGUUCUCUGUGGUUUCUAUUUGUUUGUAUUUUAUUUGUAAAUAGUUUUAUAUUUGUAUAGUGCUUUUCCACCUUUCAAGGCGCUCAAAGCGCUUUACACUACAUCGCCAUCUACCUACUGGUGACGCAGCACCAGGAGCAAUGUGGGGUUCAGUAUCUUGCUCAAGGAUAUUUAGGCAAGUUCACCAGGGCAGAGAAUUGAAGCCACAACCUCUGGGUUGGGGGACAACUACUCUACCACUGAGCCAUGCCAUCCCCAUUUUAUUUCAUUUAUUUAUCUAGAAGUUUAAGUUAUUCUAAUUGAUAUGGCCACUUUUAAAAAAUAUUUUCAUAUAUUCUCAAAGCCCUUGAGAGUCAUUAAUGUAUCAGGCAGCUUACUUCCGCUUUGUAGCGUUGAGGCCGCUUGUUUUGCUGUCUAAAGCAACUUUGCACUAAAACAGCUCUUAUUGAUUUUACUACUUUUUAAAAGAAUUUUUCAAAUGACAAUAUCUUUGUAGCAUUGAGGCCGCUUGUUCUGCUGUCUAGUCGCCUUCUUUGCAAAACUGACUUUUCAAAGUGCAAUAACAUAUGGGGGUUAAAUCAUUAUUCUCAUUUUUGCACACACCAUUUUGUACUUGAAUGCUGCUCUACAUGAAUGUGCACUUUACAUUUGAAUGUUUGCUACUUUGUGUACCAAACCAAAAUCAUAAUUCUACUUUUUGCCACUUGAAAGAAAAAUGUGGGAAAAUACACUAUUCCCUACAGUAAUCAAAACUUGAAAAUAUGCUAAUUGAUAGUAUCACUUUUAGCCACUUUUUAUGUCAUUUUUUAAAUUGACAAUUUCUUUAUGGUAUCAUAUGGUAUGGUAUCUUUGUGGCAUCAGGCAGCUUUUUCCACUGCACCUUCGUGCUCCUUUUCUCCUCACCCCUUUGCCUUGCAAACUGGGCACUGUUGUU